GUCUUGAUUUGGAGAACGCCAAGGGAUAUGUUGUGAUUAUUCGUGCUACAGAUUUUGUUGGGUUGACCGUUGAAGCAACAUCAAAUGAAUUUAUCGUGGACGAUACGCCACCAAUUUCUGGAUGGGUUUCGAUUGUUAGUUCAUCAGCAACAGGUUUUGACGUGAAACAAAUUAUAUCUAGGUAUGUUUACCCAUAAUUUUACUUACAGUAUAUUGUGUUGUGUCGUUUCGUUUCGUGUUGUGUUGUGUUGUGUUGUGUUGUGUUGAAGAAUCCGUUACUACAGUAAACUGAUGUAGCUGUCUCUCUAAAAUAGUUUCCUCUCCAAUUAUAAAUUAUUAAAAGGUCUGUGCCAGUUUAAUUAGGUAGUGCCAGUAAGGCCUUCGCUCAAAACGCCUAAGUUAUCCCCGUAUUUUUCAGGUAGUUGCAUCCCUAUCAUUCCGAAUCUUUCUCCUAUUUUAUGUUUAUAUUAUUAAAUCAACUUUCAUCGAACUAAAAGUGAUUUGGUAUUUUUCAUAUUAAUUAAUUUAAUGUAAGUUGAAGUUUCACUUAACAUAGAAAUACACAAUGAUUUCUGAGACGUUCUCUGGUUGGAUAUAAAUUAUUUAUUUAUCACGAGCUUUUGGCUGCCAGACUGCAGCCUCCAACGGGUAGUUAUGAAAUACAAUGAUUACAGACGACUACGGUCAGUGGCGUAGCCAGCAAGACGAUUUGAUCAGCUAUGAAAAUUUCAACUCGUUAUCAUUAUUCAUUUCUUUAGAAAUUGAUUGUGUUGAUAGUUUAAAACAUGGCAAUAUUUGCAUAGCGGGGACUGAAUCGUUGGGCUGGUUAUAUUUUCCAAAUGGAUUUUAUUGUUAACGACUUGAAUACCCCCAAAUGAAUUACCUCCUAUUUCCAGGGAUUCUCCAAAAAUAGUGGCCCCUAUGCGCUAUUAAUUCCAAAGGUGUAAUAAAAGGGUGCCGAUAAAAUGAUAUCACGUUCAUGUUGCUUUUUUUCAGAUGGGGAAAAUUUUAUGAUCCUGAGUCGGAAUUAUCCCACUAUGAAAUCUGCCUUGGUAAAUCACAAGGAGAAUGCGAUGAAAUUGGAUACUUAUCAUCGGGGUUAAACACGACGUAUAUAUUUAAUAAUCUAACAUUACGUCAUAAAGAAGAGUAUUACGUCACUGUUAAAGUUAGCAAUAUGGUUGGACUUUCAACUCAAGUGACAUCGAAUGGCAUUAAGAUUGAUCUUACUCCACCUGAACCGGUAAAGCAUAUGAGAGGUGGUUCUUCCAAUUCGGACGGUCAUUGCAAUGCGUUAUUUGAUGGUUGUAAUGGAGACACAUCAGGUAAUUUGUCACACUUUAUUCGCGCAUUUUUCCCCCUUGAAAAAUCAACGUUUAUUUUAUACAUAUGAAUUAUUAAUGCUGAAUAUAUGCAUAAGAUGCUCAAAUUCCAUGCGUGAGAAUCUGUAUUUCCUCCUACAUUGAUUUUCUUUUACAGGUUAUUUUAAUUAAUUUAUAUACACAUAAUGUAACUUUUUCUUCCAAUUAUUAGCAUUUGCUCUAAAGAAAAUGUUUUACAAAACACUAUCUAGGAAACAUUAAUGUGCAUUUUGUUUGCAUUAGGCUCGGAGAAAGAGAGCGAAAUUAAAAUUUCCUGCAAGAAUGACCUGAUGAAAGUCACGUGGCUGAAUUAUGAAGAUAAAGAAUCUGGUAUAGCCUUAACCGAAUGGUGCAUUGAAACUGUCCAUGAUACAUGUAAUAUACAGGCCUGGGAGUCUCUAUCACUAAACACAUUCACGGUGUCUGCUACAAUCCAUUCUCUUCCCACAAUAAAAAGUGUCCGAGUGGUCGUUCGCAUUACAAAUGGGAUUGGAAACUAUGUACUACUCAAGUCUUCUCAAUGCAAUCCCGUACGAAUAUUCCCUCCACGAAUCAGCGUUGCAGUCAUCGGCCAUUUGAAUAAUACGAGACCUGUGUCCGUUUACCAGACUAACACAGACGUAAUCUUUGUUACCUGGUCAUUACCACAAAACAGGUCUUUGUAUUCUGGUGUCCAAGCUGCACUGACAAAAUAUGACCAAAAUGCAGUCACAACCAUACUUGAAAAAUGGCAUGGGGAACCUCUUGUUUUUAAUUUCGUGGACAUCUCGAGCGGAAAGUCGCAUGUUAUAUUUAGUGGCAAUAGACUAAAGCCGUACGUCAAAUAUCGACCAGUGGUAAGACUCUGCAGCAAGUUUGACCUUUGUACCGAUUCCAGCGGUGAUCCAGUGAUAAUAAUUCCGGACGCUCCCCCUGAUAUACAGGUUAACACGACUGAUAUAAUUGAAGGAACAGAAAAAGAUCGCUGGCAAAAAUAUGUUGGUGGAAUUCCACGAUUACAGCGAGAAAUCUUUGAAGGAACCUUAUUUCUGCCAGAUCCCCUUAGUGUACUCAUUAAAGCUAACCUCAAGAAGGCAAACGAAACAAUACUUUUUAAUAAGCAUGUGCCGAUAACAUACCAUGCAAGCGUUUAUCGAGUUACAUCUGGCGCGAACGAAACGAGAAAUGUAACGAUUAACAGUCGACAGGUAUUUAAUGACUCGCAUCUUCACAGCGACUUGGACGUUUGUUGUUCAAAAACAAAUAAAUUCCCACCAAUUGUGUAUCCAGAUAGGCAGUUCAUACCGGUAGCGGAAACAAUCUUAUUUGGCAUCACGGUUAGUGCUUUUGGCAAAGACUUAAUUAUGGCAUCUUCUCAAAAUGCAAUUUAUAUGUUUUCGACAGAAUCAUUACAUAUCACUCCCAUUGCGUAUGUACCUUUCAAUACGAGCGUCAAUGAUAGUUAUGUUAAAGUUAAAGCAAAAAAUGAUACAAUUUUGGUGUCGGUUGGUGGUACGUUGGUAUUACAAAGGCAGAACAGUGAAAACCUUACUUCGACAAGUUCAUCCUUUUAUAUAACAAACUGUAAUCAUACAACGACAGAUGCACCUGAGCAUUGUACCAGAGAUACCCAGUGGUCUUCUUUGGAAAGUAUAGGACGUGAAUUUGCAUAUGAUGGUUCUGAGAUCAUUGCUGUCAGCGGUAGGCACCCUCGUGAAGACUACGCUGUUGUUGCUGUUUUUAAGAAUGGUAGUAACUCUUGGAAAUUACAUCAAGUACUUGGACGUGAAGGAAAGGACUUCACUGUUCCCUACAGCAUCGCAGUGAAUCAACAAUUUAUGGUAAUAGCAGGUUCUGAAAUUCGCCUAUACUCGAAGAUAUUGGACUCUUUCUGGAAAAAAGAAACAACUCUUUCAGAAAGCUUGCCUCAAAACGUUUUGAGUGCUAAAACCGUGUAUUUGACAAAAGAAAACGAAUUAUUCAUACUCACGAUAGAAGCAAGAACGUUGAAUGUUUUUGAGCUCGGAACGUCGCCAGCAAAGGCCACACGGAGGUGCAAAUAUGUAUUUCCCAAACGAUUUCAUCUCAGCGGUGGCUUGGAUGUUUCAGAAAGCAGUGGGAUAAUUGUGGCAAUUGGAAUGAGAUCGGAUGGGCGAGAUGGUGCGGAACUGAUUCUUUACGAACGCAACAAAGGCUGCAUGAGGAUUGGUGGAGUGUUUUCUAAAACAGUCGAGUCACGAUUUGAUGAUGGUUAUCCUGGUGUAUCCGUAGCUAUCACAGAAAAUCACCUCAUCAUUGGAACUCCCAGAAAAGUUACUUGGCCAACCAAUUAUGUGAACGUGGGAACAGGAAGAAUGUACGUUACGACGUUUUGUAAGCGGAAUCAUGUGCGCAAGAAAGUUUUUGAAGCCGACCAAAAGGAACGGGUCAUAUGCACUCCGUGCGAACGAAACGAAGAAGCAUAUUCUGGAUUUGAAGAACAAUGUACUAAUUGUAGCAACAGUAUUUGUUUGAAUUAUUCGACGGAUGCAAUAUUUAAGGUGUCGCAUUGUGAGACUUAUCCUUGCACCGUAGAGAAUAAUCGAACCGUUAGCCAAAAUGCGUCUAGAGAUAACUUAACCGUUACAGAAUCGACGCAAGGCUUUAAAGAUCAAGAGUUUUAUUUACCAGGUUCUGCACACAGUUACUUCAUCAGGUUGACGCAGCUGUCAGCUACAGGAUUGACAAAAACUUCCGAUAGCUUUCCGUUUUCUAUUGAUUACACUUCACCCGAGGCUGGUACGGUUCUUGAUGGGUUAGGAAGCAAUGAUUCCCAGAAUUGUUCUACAAAUACAACGUUCAGUUCGGAACAUCAGUGCACAAGCCGGAGUUUCUCUGAAACAGACUUUGAUUACACCAACAACACUUAUGAAAUCAGUGCUCGAUGGCUCGACUUUCGUGACAACGAGAGCAACAUUGCGCAAUAUUUCUGGUGUGUCGGUUCGAAACCACUUCAUGAUGACAUUAUGCGGUGCGAAAAUGCAACAAACCACCUUAAUAGGACUCUCGAUGGCUUGUCAUUACAACAUAAUGAUAAGUAUUACGUCACUGUAUUGGCGUGUAACUACGCUGGGUUGUGUACAGCCAAGUCAAGCGAUGGGGUUUUGGUUGAUACUACUCCCCCAAUAAUACAUUACGUGAGAGAUGGAUUGGUUGGACCAGACAUCGACUUUCAGGUGAGUUUAACUUAUUGUUAUAUGAAAGCGAAACAACUAUUAGACGAGGCUACUGGAGUAUAAUAUCAAGUCAGAAUUAUUCACAUCGAAGUCAAUAAGUUUUUUGGCUGUCAAAACUUCAUAAAACCCGGCGUGAAAGACGCAAAGAAUAUUAUUUAACUAGAAAAUAACAAACACUCGUCAAUAGAAGUUUUGCAUUGUUUUUUGUCCUUUUUGGUUCUGUCGCUGAUUUUUUCUGACAAUAAUUUGAACAGUUUCCCUCAGUAUAUACUAUAGAGGCGAGUCUACUACAACCCAUGUUGUUUGGCUUUUUUAAAUUUGGCUGGCAGUUUAUGCAAACUACUGACCGCGCUGGGGGGGGGCUUGGCCUGUACAGUGUGCAGUAAUUAAGAAUUCUUGAAUGAGGAAUUAUCAAGCUAAAGUUUGUGUUAUCACAAAAACUAAGGCCUUAAUAGUUCUUAAUAAAAACUGAAUUCAAUAAUUAAUCUAUUAUUUAUUCAAAAGCUGGAACAGUGGAAGUUGUAGGAAGAUAUUUGUGUUGUGAUAAUUCCUCACCCCUUUCGGCAGUCGUCAUUAACACUGCGCCAUAUAGCGUUUUAUAUUAUUUAUUUAUUUCAUAGUAUAGAGUGAGAUAAUGAAAUAUACACAGUGAGAUAUUUUCCAUAUCUUCACUAGUGAAGGUAUCGAUCACGUGAUUUUUCCAAUUUGCUUUUGAGCGUGAGAUUUCACAAUUUUUUGCUUCGGACUAUAUAAUAAACAGAACAUUAUUUACACGGUAACUUCAAGAUGUGACUUUUAUCUUUUUGUGUUAAAAACAAUAUUGUACUCACUCGCUGCAAAAAAUAAUGUUUUCGCCACGCGAAGAUAAAUGUCAUAUCUUCGCGCCGCCGUGUAAUAUCCUCUAUAUAUCAACGUUAUAACGUCACUUUGUCGCAUAUUAUGUCAAAACUCCAUAUUUGGUCAUCUAUUGAGUUGCUAUGACAACUUCGCAAUUGGUUGUUAGCAAAUCAGAUAUAAUUCGUUCUUUUAAAUGAAUAAUAAUAACUUUUCUCACAGCCGGGUAUUGCUUCAGCAUAAACACGAAAAGACAUGAUAACCACCAUUUAUUUAGAACAUUAACUGGUGUGGGUUUCGACAGCAACACUUGAAAGGAUAAAAAACACUUUGAUGUUUCGGGCGGAGAACAUUUAUUGUGAAGCUAGUUCAUAACCAAACGGUAAUUAGGGUAUAUUCUUGUUUUAGGUAUUUACGAAUCUAAUAUUUGGUAAUUGGGAAGCAGAAGACCCCGAAAGUGGAGUGGUAUCUUAUGAAAUUGGCUGGGGAUCAGAACCUGGCUUGGAUGACGUCUGGGAAUUCCAAGAAUUAGGCAAUGCUUCAAGGUGGUACGCGAAAUUCGGUAAUGGUGGUCUUGAAAAAGAGCGCAAGUUUUAUGUUACAGUCAAAGCGAUUAACGGAGCGGGUCUCGAAUCGGAGCCAAUGACAUCUGACGGGAUCACAGUGGGGAAAACAGAAUUUAUAUUCUCAAAAAAUGAUUCGGGUUCAUUCUUCUUCGACACUGUGAAUGUUGACUCUAACGCAACUAUGGAAGACACAGAAGUCGGAAAUACAUUUGGGACUGUAGAUGUUCCAACUGGAGCUGUUGACGAAAAUGUUAAAUUUCAAGUGUAUAGUCUCGGCGAUAAAGAAUUCAAGAACGGUACGGAUGACAGCACAACUGUUGUCGACCCGGAAGUUGUUAAACCACCCAAG